GUAGAGAUGCGAACCUGAAGCAAAUUCGAAAGGCAACCAGUCGCUGUGUGCGCGCGAUCGAGGUCGCGCUGCAUUUCUAAUAAAAUCUAUUUAUAAACAAGAAGCAUAUGUUGUUAUUCAAUGUGUUGUGUUGCACGUGACAAUCAGUUUCAUUUGAUUUUUCUUUAAUUUUUCCCUGUAAAAGUAAAAUAAUUUUACCUAUUCUCCAUGCUUAAAAGUAAUAACACUUUUAAGACAUGAGAAACUCAUCAAGAAACAAUAAGUGAUGAAACAUUCCAUUCAUCAGUUAUUUAAGUGGUAUGUGCAGCAAGUGACCACCAAGUAGUGCAUUUUACCUCGGGAAAUUUAUCACCAGCAAGAAAUGACGAGCAAUUAAUUUUUUCCUGCAAUGCGACACCUGGACUAGAUUUUUAAUUAGGUGAAACUUGAAAAAAACACACCAAGAAUGUUCGCAAGAUCGGAUUCAUUGACAUACACAAAAAGAGCACAAAGGAUAAAAGUUUCGAUAGAAUGUGAAUCAUUUCAAGAAACAAAAUUAUAUAAAUGUCAAAAAGUUCCACUAUGGAGCGGAAUGAGCAGAAUCAGUGAGGAGAAGAAGAAUCGUUAUCAAAGUGAAAAUCAUUAACAGGAGCAAUGAGGAAUUUGUGAAUGUGACAAGUGUUUAUCUUUAAUUUUUCGUUUUUAAUUUUCUUUUCCUUAUUUCCAAAGCCAUAAAACCAUAAGUUUUAAAUAUUGGCAGAUGUCGGUCUUUGAAAGUAAAAGGAUUGUUGGGGUGGGGAGGAAAAAAAUGGUGAAAGGGGUUUGUUAAGAGGAGACCUUGGAGAGAAAAUGGGAGCUGCGGGACUGGUGCUGGGGAGUGCAAUCCUCGGACUAUUUUGUACCAGUUUCCCAAAGAGCGCAAUGACCAUUCCGACCAACAGGUGCGAUGCACCUUUGCCUUGUACCUGCGAUGAUCACGGCCGAGUAACCUGCGAUUGUAAGGACGAGGGCAAGGAGCUGAUUCUUACGUCAAAGAGUGAAAAAUGGCUGACUCCACGAACGAGUUUAAUUUCAGUGAGCAACUGCUCGUCGGUGUACCUGACAAACUCAAGUUUAAUCCACCUCGAGGCUCUGCGGUUGGUGGAGUUGGUAAACGUGGCUAAUUUGACCCUGGAGCGUCAAAGCUUCGAACUAUCACCACGUUGCACAGACGUGAAGAUCACUGUCCGUAACAGUAGCAUCGACCUACUGCCCAGUUUCACGUUUCGCGGUGACAUCAAGACGAUCAUGUUCGUUGACGUUCGAAUAGGUCUAAUGAGUGCGUUUGCAUUUGCAAAUUUACUCAACACCGACACCAUAAGGCUCGAGGACUGUCACGUCUACGAUAUUGAGGCGCAUGCAUUCAAAAAAUUCGACGUUCAAAUAUUACACAUUAUUCGCGGUAGUUUUCACGGCGUCAUUCCAAGUCGAACAAUGAACGACAUUGAGGUUUAUCAGAGUUUUAUGCUCGACGGUGUGCGAAUGGAGACAUUAAGAAGUUUAGCGUUCAUUGUGAAAAAACCAAAAACAGUUGCCAUACAAAAUUGUAUCUUCGAUACUGUUGAGGGAGAGGCAUUCGAUAUUAGCGUAAGGGGACCGGUAAUAAUAAAGAAUAAUAGUUUUGCAAAUUUAGGUAUGGGGGCAUUUUUGGAAAUGAAAGCCGACAUGGAGAAUAAAUCGAGAGGAACUUCACUGGGUCUUUAUGAUCUGAUUUUUAAGAACAAUACCUUGAAGGCUUUUGAGGAGGGAUCAUUAAUUUUCGACAGAAGUAGUUUUCGGCCCGAGAUUGAUAAUCUCCUGAUCGAUCAGCCAUGUGAUUGUGAUCAAUUAUCAAAAUGGAAAAGUGAUAUUCUUAAUUACACAAAUAUUUACUCGAGGUUUCAUCAUACAAAGCAGGAGGAAAUAUCGCCGGCGAAAUCGGAGGCAAUAAACGAUGGGCCAGAAACAUUUCUCUGCAUUAACAUUGCUGAUAAUUCGCCGAUAAAUUUCACUGAUUAUGAAAUGAGAAAUUGCGCCUUGAGUAGCACGCUUAUGAUACUUUUAAUGGUUGUCGUGGCACUUGUUGUUCUGCUGCUGAUCAGCGUGUGUCUCAUUGUUUGGUGCUGUCGAAAACGUCGGCAGAGCAAUAGAAAAAGUUGGAUAAGUGUUCCCACGAGUGCUCCAGACGUUGUCUCGAAAAAGAAUGGCGUCAUCAGUAAAGAGGGAAGUGAAUCGAGUGCACCGGUGGACAGCCGGAUAACGAUGGUUGUCCCGGAUGGCAGACUUUAUCGUGAAACUGAAUUUCAUGUGAUUGUCGAGAAAACUGAGCCACUCACCACGGAAUUAUAACGAGAGCCUCAAAGGGCUUCCGGCUCGAGAGACCCGUACGUGCCACCGGAAGACCUCCACUUUCGCGUUUAUAAACUUUGAAAAUAAAAGGCACAACCUGAUUUUAGCUUUAAGUGAUGGAUUAUGAUGAUUUAGUCAUGAAUAUGAUUAAUUGAGAAUGAAAUGCUAAUGAAACUAAUGAAAUUAACGAAAUUAACGAAAACAGUAGAACGAAAAUGUAAUACCAACAUUCCGAAAUGAAUGUUCCAAGAAUGAAAAAGCGCUUGAGAGAGAUUGUAUUUAUUACUGUAAGUCUGUAGUUGUAGAUUAAAAAAAAAAACAAAAAUAUGGGUCUAGUACCGAUUUUGUACCUAUGAUUGCAAUAUUGUAUAUGGAUUAUGGUUGAUAUAUCCGCGCAUUACGCUACAUCAGCGAAUCAAAACGAAUGGCUAGUUUCAUUAAAUACCACCGCACUAGUACAAGGCAGUCUGUAAGCUUCCAUCUACAUAUCAAUAUAAUGACGGUCAAGGUUCACUCUCCCUUUCUCACCAUCCAUCUAUCCAUCUACCUCCUAUAUGAAAUUUUUACUUCAGGAGAGUUUAUACAAUCAAUAAGGUUCUUGCACCACCGAAAAAUGAGUUUCAAAAAAAAAUAAACAUAACAAUUCAAAAUUUAUCUCUAAUUGUAUGCAUAAAUUCGAGUUUUAAUAUUUAUAAACCUCGUCAUUCAUAUAAUGCAUAACGCACUAUUCACAGUUCAUAAAACAUUGUUCAUAAUUCAGAGUUGCCAUGAACAAAA